UGAAAUGGGUUGUGAUAUUGAAGUCUUAAGAAUUGGAUCGGAAUGAAAACUCCAGAGGACUGAUGAUUGAAAAGCCCCCCAGCUCGUCGAGUCAUGACUGGCUUUAUAUAAACGAAGCGUCGCUUUCUCUGGAUUCCGUGUCUCCGCUGGAGAUUCUGGUGUUGCAACUGGUCCGUUCCGUCUGAGUCAUAUACGGAGUUCCGUGUCCGCUGGCCAAACUUCAACUUCAACUCCCCCGACUAGUCCGAUUCCCCGAAUAACCAACAACUGUCGAUAUUCCAUGACGGGAGCCCGUGAACCCAAGGCGUGUCGGGCUUGUGCCUACGCCAAAGUAAAGUGCGAGGCCCAGACCGUCGAGGGCUGCAAGCGGUGUCUCCGAUUAAAACGGCAAUGCAUCAUGCAGGCACCGGGGGCCCACAAAAGGAAGCCCCAGAGACCAUCAUCAGAUGUCGCCAGGCUAGAGCGAAAAAUCGAUAGUAUGGCCGCGUUCCUCACCGCGUCACCACAAUCCUUACUGGCAGCAAGUCCUGCUGAAGGAAGUGGAUCCCGAUUUCCAGGGCAAAGUCCUGGACUAUCUAUCUCUUCAUGGGACAAACAAGCACUGCCAAGCGAUGAGGAAGCGAAAGAAUUGGUGAUGAGCUUUCAAGCGGAGAUGGCUCCUUACUUCCCCUUCGUUGUCGUACCCGCAGAUGUCAGUGUGUCUGAGCUACGACAGACGAAACCCUUCCUCUUCCGCACUAUUGGGAUGGUCGCGUCUCUGGGGGAUGCACACCGACAACUGGAGUUAGAAAGAAUAGUCCAGGAGUAUAUCUGCAACUCUAUAAUUCUGCGAGGCGAAAAGAGCCUGGAUCUCCUGCAAGGGCUGUUGGUCUACUUAUCGUGGUAUCACUUUCAGCUCCAAUCCGGUCCGCAGCUCUGCAGCAUCCUCCAUUUGGCUCUCGCAAUGGCGAAUGAUAUAGGCCUCAACUCCAGGCCGGAUAGAAGAACUGAGAUGGACCACACUAUCGAGGAACGACGAGCGCACCUUGGCUGUGUUUAUAUGAGUUCCGUAGUAUCUUUAUGUGCGAGAAAUAUGGACCCAGUACGAUACACACGGUAUACCGAAGAAUGCUGCCGGGUGCUUGAAGAUACGCGAGAUCACCCGACCGACCUCUACCUUGUCCGGCUCUCUCGAUUACAUCGCAUAGCAGACAGAAUUAAACGCACUUUUUGUUUUGAUGAAUACGACGCGAGUGGGCCUGCUCUAACAGCUCCUCUCGGGAUGUGCAUCAAGUCUUUCGAAACAGAGCUCCAGCAACUUAGACAACAACCGCUUACCCUUAAAAUGCUGCACAACUCAAUUGUCCCCAUACACUACUGCACCGUGGAGCUCUCGCUAUAUAAAAUCGCGCUCGACGAUGAUUUCCCAACAGACAGAUACGACGAUUACCCCCUUAUACGCCUCAACAUUCUGUACUCAUGUUUAACGACCUUGAAAGCGUUCUUCGAGAUGUUCAACUCCAUCCCGAGCGGGAUAUAUUUGAAACUCCCGUACCCCAUAUAUGCGUCCUACACUAAUGCUCUCGACAUCCUGUCCAGAAUCUUGCUCUUCCCGGGCGAAACCUGGGACCACGAAUACGCGCGCAGCGUGAUUGAUUUCCCAGCCGCCACGGGCAUCAUAACUGGUAAAGUAAAAACCGCUGUUCAGGAUCUGCGGCUUGAGCAACCUCUAUCUCGCAUUCCGGAUCAGCUUGCCGGGGUGUUGCUCAGGGUGCGUGGCUUGGAAGAACUCCAUGCAGCGAGACAUGCAGCGUGUGUGAAUCGGUCCGCCCCCUCUGGAGAUGCUCGAAUGGUUUCCGACGAGCGCACUCCCACAGUAUCUAGGUCUAGGGCUGUGCCUGUGCAGGAGUUGUCGUUUCAAUUGCCUCAUGACUUAUCCUGGCGGCUCCUUAACAUGGAUUGACACAUGCAGGCCUCGAAACGGCGCGUCCAUUCAUAUGUAUUUCAAUGAAAUUUUCAAUAGUCUAUGCUCGGGCUUUGUUGGUAUGGCAAUUGGACACUGUGCUUGCAUAGACUGCCGACGGACGCUGUAAACUAACGGAUUGUCUGGUAUGAUGCAAGUAAAGGAGUCACCGAGGGCCACGGUAGUUGACAGGUCCCUUCCUAGUCUCGAACCGAUCCUCACCACUACCUAACCCUGGACUAACAAUCAUUCAUUGCUGGUCUGGGGGAUCUCUGUUCGUCCAUAUUUCAAGUCCAGCUCCAGGACUUUGCGCAAGGGGCGCG